UAAUGACUGUCUGCAUGUGUUACUACACCUUUUGUGCUCAAAUUUCUGUUGUCCCUUCUAUGACAUUUGACAGUAUGUGAUAGUAUUAAACUAGCGGAGCUGCAAGGUUAGACUCAAAGUGACUCCCAGCCCUUUCCUGUAAAUCACUCCGAAGUGUGACACUAGCCAUUCCUCAUGAGCCAUUUGACAGGAAGUCACCUGUCACAGUAAGUCCAGCUUCUGUAGAUUGUAGAGCAUGGUGAACAACAAGUGAACCACUCUCCAAGUAGUUUACAAGCUUCGAUCUGACUGAAGUUAGUUGAAGGAGUAAGAUGGUGAUUCGGAAAAUGUAUGUGUCCAUGUUUAGCUGAAAUCAAUACAGGUAUGUGUGGAACUUGAGGCACUUGGGACAGCAAUGGCCAGCCUGCUCACACGACGGAGAAAAGUUGUAAGACACGGCGUCAAAAUCAUCUGGGAAUGUAACACAAUGGAGAAAUUAGUCAUCACCCGGAAACUUGUUGGCUUGGUGAAAACUAUGGGCCAGCUUACAUGUUGUACACUGCAUGGUUGAUUUAGAAUGACUGCAUCUCAACUAAUUCUAUUGUGAGCUGCAGAGAGAAAAAGGAUCCUCAUGCAAAGUGUUGUUGUUGUUUUGCCAAGCGAGGACCCAAUGACUUUGUGUUGACAUGAUCCAGCGGAGCUUUCCAGCAAUCUCCCAGUUCCACUUCAGUGAGUAAAGGAGGAAGAGGAUCAUCAAGAAAAAUGUUUUUUGUUGCCGGGGCCAAAAAUACAGCAUCGGGCGUAGGAAAUGAAAGGAGGUCAAUCUAUCAGAAAUUCCGUGAGGUUGAUAUACUGGACAAGAAAAAGACCGUGACGGCUCUGAAGCCUGGUGAAGAUAGAGCUAUUCUCCUGGGUCUAGGAAUGAUCUUCUCCUCCGUCAUGAUGUACUUUGUUCUUGGGAUCACUAUAUUACGCUCGUAUGCUGAAAGUGCGUGGACAGAGGAAGGCGUGUGCGUUGUUCUUAACUCCACGGUCACGGCAGACAUGAACUGUUCCUACAACUGUGGCUCAGACUGCUGGCGAGUCUCCAAAUACCCCUGUCUGCAGGUCUACGUGAACGUCAACAACACAGGCCGCAUCAGUCGAUUAUCUCACAAUGAAGAGACACAGGAUGCCAGCUCGGAAUGUUUCUAUGUGCCCAGGUGCCAGAAGGACAGCGCUCAAAUGCACACCAUGAUCAUGAACAUCUCCGAACGUCUGAAGGCCAAACAGCAGGUUCCUUGUUACUUUGACCCCAGCGAGCAGCAGGACACGGUUCUCCUGACUCGGCUCUACGACCACAGUGUUGUCUUCCACUCGCUGCUGUGGCCCUCGUGCAUGUUCAUCGGAGGCAUCCUCAUAAUUGUGAUGGUCAAGCUCACACAGUACCUGUCCAGAUUGUGCGAACAGAUCGUGAAGAUCAGGAUGUGAAGCCAUUGUUACAAGGCACCUGACAUAAUGAGCAAAAGCAAAGUUUUAAACAAAUAAGGAUUCUGGCAAGGGAUGCCUUUGGCUCAGGCAUUUUGAGGCAGCUGACUCUCUCAAGAUUGAGGAACGGACUGAAUGAACGUUCCUGAAGACGAAAAUGUCAACCGCGGCUAUUUCUAGAAAACUGACUGAAAGGUGGGGGGUGGGGUGUUAG